CGCACCCGCCCGUUGCCGCUGCAUGCAACGCGUCCGGGGACACUUGUCCCCUCCCAACGAGCACAUCGACACCACCGCGCACGGGAAACCACGAGGAAGGCGACGGAGCCAGAUUUGGGAGGAGACAGGACAGGAGGAACUCUCGAGCGAGAAGCAGAGUGCUGUGGAAGCCUCCUUCCUCUCCUUAAGCAGUAUCCCAGUCGCCCAAGAGAGCCACCGCCCGGCGUCCCGAGAACCAGGCCAAGUUUCAGGGACAGCCCGCUCUUAUCCUGGGCGCUUGGGAGGAAAGGAACCGUUACUGCUCAUCACCAAGCCAUGGUGGAAUCCAAUGACCAGGGGAGCACUGCCCCCGCUGGAUUCUUCAGGGUCCCCGGCGUCUUCGUGAGGAUGAGCAGCAAGGGACUGAACAAUGGCAUGGACCCUGACUCGGUCUGGAGCCCGACGUCUCCACUGGACUUCAAGAACCUGAGGUCCAGCCCUCCGCGGGUCGGUCUCGGCCUCGUCGACGCCCUCACCGCUGACGAGAGCUCCCUGCACUUUGGAUGCACGAGCUCGUUCCUCGAUUCCAUCAGGCCCUUCCUCGAGCUGGGGCUGCCGAAGGCCGCGGCGGCGCGCGGGAAGGCUGUCUCAUCGUCCGGCGUCAGCACCCUGGUUGAGGUGAACGGGUAUGCAGACUCCGAAGAGUACACUUGUGUCAUCGCGCGCGGGCCGAACCCGAGGACGACGCACAUCCUCGGCGGCGAGACGCUGGAGGUGCGCAAGGGCAGUAUGGGCGGUUCCAGGAAGGCAAUUUUCAGCAUUGAGCCCUUCAGCGACCGGCCGUCACCGGCGGCUAACGUGAAGCCCGGUCGUUGCUGCUGCUGCAUGAAGAAGCUGCAGGAGGACAGGGAUAUCUACAUGUACCUCGGCGAGAAGGCGUUCUGCAGCAACGAGUGCAGGAAGGGUUACAUCGAGGAGGAGAUCGAGGAGGUAGAGGAGUUCAUGACGCUGGAUUCUGCCCUUUAGCUUUGAUGAAUGUUGUGAGCUGCUGCCGCAAAGUAGGUAUUAUAUUGCCAGCACGCGUGUGCCAUCUCUUUUGGCUUGAAACUUAGAACUAAGUAGGACAAAAGGAAGGAAAGGAGGGAAACGCCUCUCGUUCUAUUUUUUCUGAAUGGAGGUUUCUUUGGUUUGGCCAGUUUGUGCAAUGGCUGAACCGUUUUCAUGAUUUGUUGAGCUCCCUAUUUUGGCCGCUGUCAGGCUGGCUAUAAUCCCAUCAAUAUAUUACCAUUUCCUAACA